CCUUACUUCCCUAACGACGCUUCGUGGCAGGUAAAACUUUGUCCUUCUCCACAAAUUCGCCUUGUCUGCGUCAAAACCAAUCUCAAAACACUCACCAAGGCUUCUUCUCAGAAUUGCGUCGAAAGGUGUCUGUGCUUGUGCUUCUAUCAUUUGCAUCUUUGUUCGUUUUAUAGCAGCUGGGAUUCGUUUUCGAAUUUCAAAUACAUGCAGCAUGAGUUCUCUCACCAGUCUUGCUCCACUCGAAGCAGUGCUCUUUGAUGUUGAUGGAACUCUCUGUGAUUCUGAUCCACUCCACUAUUAUGCUUUGCGUGAAAUGCUCCAAGAGCUUGGUUUUAAUGGAGGUGCUCCUAUAACAGAGGAAUUCUUUGUUGAGACAUUUUCUGGCAAGCACAGUGAUGAUACUGCCUUGGUUGUCUUUCCUGGUGAUCUGGAACGAGGUUUAAAGUUUGUAGAAGAUAAGGAAGCCAUGUUCCGGAGAUUGGCUUCAGAGCAACUGAAUCCCUUGAAAGGCCUUGAUAAAGUGAGGAAAUGGGUUGAAAACCAUGGUCUGAAGAGAGCUGCAGUCACCAAUGCUCCAAGGAAAAAUGCAGAACUCAUUAUCUCAAAACUUGGUCUAACAGAUUUCUUUGAUGCUGUUAUUAUUGGUGAUGAAUGUGAACAUGCCAAACCUCAUCCAGAACCCUACUUGAAAGCACUUGAAGUUCUGAAGGCAUCAAAGGAUCAUGCAUUUGUAUUUGAGGAUUCUGCUUCAGGGAUAAAAGCUGGAGUGGCAGCUGGGAUGCCUGUUAUAGGUUUAGCUACAAGAAACCCGGAGAAUUUACUGAUGGAAGCAAAGCCUGCCUUUCUGAUUAAGGAUUAUGAGGAUUCAAAAUUGUGGGCAGCUUUGGAAGAACUUGACAAGGCUGGUGCACGUUAAGUUUGAAUUAAUGAUGUGACUGACGGAAUUUCUUGAUAUAAACAUGUAACAAGGAGUUCCAUAUUAAAUCCCCUACUUCCCUAAAUAAUUUUGUUCAAAGUGGGCAAUAUUAUUACACUAGUCCACAAUCAAUCUCGCUUUGGAACAGAAGGCAAACGGUUCUAUUCUAUUUGUAUUUAGUAAUAAUGUAACGUUGGCCAUGAAAUUUGCAAUACUAAGUGGGAUAUUGUUUAUACUUUAUUA